AUGGCAAUUGCUGCGGAGUUCAUCUCUCUUCUUCCGGUGGAGACUCUUCAGGGGUUGGCUGCGGUUAAUGAGGACAAAUCGUUGGAUCAUAUGGAGAAAAUUUUGGCCCUGCCACAAUCGCCGCCAAACCCUGCCGUCCCUGCUGAUGUUCGGGCGAAACUGACCGCCAUUCACGAUGAGAAGGGCCUCUCGCUGAAGGGGCGACUCGAGAAGACCAGGGCUGUCCUGGCAACCCUGCCCGCCGAUGUCCAUGAAAAGAUGAAUGCCGUCAAGGCU